CUCUGACCACGCCCCCAUGCAGAGGGCGGUGGCCCUCGCCCCCCCGCGCCGGAAGCGGAAGUGGCACUCAGCGGAAGUGGCUCCUAGGAGCUAGAGGGCUUGGCGCCGGGUUACCGGGAUGUUCCGUUCCGCUGUGGACAUCCAGACCGCCUGCCUCGGGCUGUACUGCGGCAGGACCGUCCUGUCGGUCAACGGCUCUGUGGAGACCUACGGGGAGUGCGGGGUAUGCCCUAGAGGUCAAAGAACCGAUGACAACAAAAUCUGCCGGGAAUGUACGGGAUCUCCGGACCGCUAUGACUGGCUGUACCUUGGCUUCAUGGCCAUGCUUCCCCUGGUUUUACACUGGUUCUUUAUAGAAUGGUAUUCAGGAAAAAAAAGUUCCAGCGCGUUACUGCAGCACAUCACGGCCUUGUUUGAGUGCAGCGUUGCAGCGAUCGUUACGCUGCUGGUCAGCGACCCUGUCAGCUCCCUGCACAUCCGCUCCUGCAAGGUGAAGAAGCUGUCGGACUGGUACACCAUGCUGUACAACCCCAGUCCCGACUACGUCACCACGGUGCACUGCACGCACGAAGCCGUCUAUCCCCUGUACACCAUUGUGUUUAUAUAUUACGCCUUCUGUCUUGUGUUAAUGAUGCUACUUCGGCCUCUUCUGGUUAAUAAGAUUUCCUGUGGUUUAGGAAAGUCUGAUCGAUUUAAAAGCAUUUAUGCAGCACUGUACUUCUUCCCCAUCCUCACCGUGCUUCAGGCCGUUGGAGGAGGCCUGCUCUAUUAUGCCUUUCCCUACAUCAUACUGGUGCUGUCUUUGGUUACGCUGGCUGUGUACAUGUCUGCUUCUGAAGUGGAGUCUUUCAAGGAUCUUCUCAUCAGGAAGAAAAGGCUUGUUGUCCUCUUCAGCCACUGGUUGCUUCAUGCCUAUGGAAUCAUCUCCAUUUCUAAACUGGAUAAGCUUGAGCAGGACCUGCCGCUGCUUGCCCUGGUCCCUGCGCCCGCCCUCUUCUACUUGCUGACAGCGAAGUACACCGAGCCCUCACGGAUACUCUCAGAAGGUGGAAAUGGACACUGAAAGGAGAAGGAGCCUGCGCCAACAACACUGCCCUAAUCAUCUGGAUUGAGCAAUUUUAGUGCUUGUUAUGCUUUGGGAACUGCUGUUUUAAAAGAAGUUAUUUAUGUACAGGACUUCCAGGUGAAACACCUCUGAGUGAGACUGUAUAAUACUAAAAAGCUGCACUUUCUAUUCUUCAUAAGUAUCUGGUAUAGAUCGAAGGGAAUGUCUUUGUAUCUAUUUAUCACUGUGAAUUCAUAUAAAAAGCUUGUGACACAAUCUAGUAUAGUGGUUUCCUUGUAUGUGUUUAUUUCCUUAUACGCUAUUUUAGGUGGUGUUUGAAUAAAACAACAAAGUUUUUCAGUAGACUUUCAGUAAAACAAAGGGAGCUUGAAUGUAACACGGAGCUUGGUCUUCACAUCACAAACUCUAGCUUCUGUUCCCACCAGUGGACAUACACCCUCGUCUUCAUAAAAUCUGUUGAGCGUCUCCUCGUUUAUUCUUUGUGAGGACUUAGUCUGCUAGUGAGAAGGAGAGGAAAUGCAUUCACUAUAAAGUAUAGAUUGUGCUCUGUGUACUUCAUGUAUGGAGACUGCUUCCUGGAGAUGAUUAAACGGUAGUAGCCUUUCCAUGAAA